UCAUUAUGAUGAGUGACCAACAAUUAUCCCAGAAGUACCUUGCUUAUCAUGGACUUUUUCUACCCAAGUGUGGUUAUGAGGACAAUAUAAAGGAUUUUAAGACAUUCAAAGUUCAAGAGGAUGAUGUUUUUGUAAUUACGUAUCCCAAGUCAGGUACGGUAUGGAUGCAAGAGAUUAUUCCCCUGCUCCUCAAUGGAGGAGAUUUUACUCCUGUGCAGACCAUCCCAAACUGGGAAAGGGUUCCUUGGCUUGAGGCAACUCCUGCUCUGUUCGUGGACAAGAUGAUUUCUCCACGGGCUAUGGUCUCCCAUAUGCCUUAUCAUCUGAUGCCUUCCUCAUUCUUCUCUUCUAAGGCUAAGAUCAUUUAUAUUACCAGAGACCCAAGAGAUGUCUUGGUUUCCUCUUUUCAUUUCCACCGGAUGGCCAAUUUUCUAGAUGACCCAGGAACAUUCGAAGAAUUUGCUGCCAAAUUCCUAGCAGGGAAAGUGUUUUAUGGAAAGUGGGCUGACCAUGUAAAAAGCUGGAGAAACCCAGAUAUAGGAGACAGAAUUCUCUACAUCAAAUAUGAGGAGAUGAUUCAGGAUCUGCGUGGGGUUAUGGAAUGCAUUUUAUGCUUUCUUGGCAAGCAACUGAGUGAAGAUGCUCUGGAUCGCGUAUAUGAACACUGUCAGUUCAAAAACAUGAAGCAUAACAAGAUGUCCAACUAUUCACUGGUACCAGAGAACUUCAUGGACAGCAGCAAGUCACCUUUCUUCAGAAAAGGAAUUGCUGGAGACUGGAAGAAUCAUUUCAGCCCAGAGUUGGAGGCCAAAUUCAUUGCAGCCAUUAAUGAAGAAAUGAAGGGAUAUGGAAUUAGAUUCUAUUGGGAUGAGGAAGAAAAUGAAAUUUCCUUUAAUUAA